GUCAGGGAAAUCUCAGCCACCUGCUCCCCUCAUGCAAAUGACCCAAGCCCCUGGCAGCUGCUCCUUAGGCCUCCAAGUCUAAGCCCUGUCUUCCCUCCCUGAGCUUUCGCUGAGACUUAGGGCCACCUGCUUUCUCUGACUCCUGCUUUCACAGCCGCCCGAGGGCAAGGAGGGGCGAGGCCCCAGCCUGGGAGCAGGGUGCAGGGCUUCCCUUGCCCGCCCACAACAGGGGCAGACCUGUCCAUCGUUCUCUGUGGGUCCCCUGUACCUUUCUCCCCCACAGGAUCAGACCCAGAGGCAGCUGGUUGGGGUUUGUUGAGAAGAAGGAUUAUCCAGAUCAGUCGUUUCUAAUCUCAGCUCCUGCUGUACCCUCCCAUACUCACCAAACCCUCUUCCCCACCACCCUGAGCUAAGGAGCACAGUUUGAGGUACUGACAACGGGGCCAUCUAUCACCCUCAUAUCCCGCCUUCUGGCCUGCUUGCUAAGUGGCCCUGACUGCCGAGAUCAUCACCACGGAUGGGGGCCCGGACCGGGGUGGCCACUGGAGCUGUAGUUGCUUCUGCUCCUUUGCACCCCUCCCAAACCCCAACCCUUAAUCUCACAGCUUUGCUCUAAUCCCAUGGGGCCUGAUGCUCUUAUCUCUGCCUGCAGAGACUGACCAGGGAAGCGCCCCUUCACCCCCUCCCCUCUCAGGGCUUGUGGUGGGGGCUGCUCCUCUCUACGGCCCCACACUCCCGCCCCCACCCCUCCUCCAGGCUGGGCCCAAGUCUCUGGAAGCCACACACCUCCCUCCCUCCCUGUCCUCUUCCCCCCACCCCUGCCAGCUGAUUUCAUUUGCCUGACGUUGUGGUUGGCUCUACCCUUCCCUGUCAGGCCCCCCCAACCCCCCACCGGUCGGAGCCAGGCCAGGCCAGCUCCUCUGGCAGCAGAGCCUGGGCAGGUGACGGGCGGGCGCAAGUGUCGCAGCUGAGGGAGUAAGGAGGCUCCCAGGAACCGGAGCUGGAAACCCGGCCGAGGUCCAGUCAGAGCCCAAGAGCCAGAGCUACCCCUCGACCUGUCAGCCAUGGGGGAGAUGGAGCAACUGCGUCAGGAAGCGGAGCAGCUCAAGAAGCAGAUUGCAGAUGCCAGGAAAGCCUGUGCUGACGUUACUCUGGCAGAGCUGGUGUCUGGCCUAGAGGUGGUGGGACGAGUCCAGAUGCGGACGCGGCGGACAUUAAGGGGGCACCUGGCCAAGAUCUAUGCCAUGCACUGGGCCACUGACUCCAAGCUGCUGGUAAGUGCCUCGCAAGAUGGGAAGCUGAUCGUGUGGGACAGCUACACCACCAACAAGGUGCAUGCCAUCCCACUGCGCUCCUCCUGGGUGAUGACCUGUGCCUAUGCCCCAUCAGGGAACUUUGUGGCAUGUGGGGGGCUGGACAACAUGUGUUCUAUCUACAACCUCAAAUCCCGUGAGGGCAAUGUCAAGGUCAGCCGGGAGCUUUCUGCUCACACAGGUUAUCUCUCCUGCUGCCGCUUCCUGGAUGACAACAAUAUUGUGACCAGCUCGGGGGACACCACGUGUGCCUUGUGGGACAUUGAGACUGGGCAGCAGAAGACUGUAUUUGUGGGACACACGGGUGACUGCAUGAGCCUGGCUGUGUCUCCUGACUUCAAUCUCUUCAUUUCGGGGGCCUGUGAUGCCAGCGCCAAGCUCUGGGAUGUGCGAGAGGGGACCUGCCGUCAGACUUUCACUGGCCACGAGUCGGACAUCAACGCCAUCUGUUUCUUCCCCAAUGGAGAGGCCAUCUGUACGGGCUCGGAUGAUGCUUCCUGCCGCUUGUUUGACCUGCGGGCAGACCAGGAGCUGAUCUGCUUCUCCCAUGAGAGCAUCAUCUGCGGCAUCACGUCCGUGGCCUUCUCCCUCAGUGGCCGCCUGCUGUUCGCUGGCUACGACGACUUCAACUGCAAUGUCUGGGACUCCAUGAAGUCCGAGCGUGUGGGCAUCCUCUCUGGCCACGACAACAGGGUCAGCUGCCUGGGAGUCACAGCUGAUGGGAUGGCUGUGGCCACAGGUUCCUGGGACAGCUUCCUCAAAAUCUGGAACUGAGGAGGCUAGAGAAAGGGAAGCGGAAGGCAGUGAAGACGCUCAGCGGCCCCUCCCCGACCCCAUCUCAUUCAGGUGUUCUCUUCUAUAUUCCAGGUGCCAUUCCCACUAAGCUUUCUCCUUUGAGGGCAGUGGGGAGCAUGGGGACUCUGCCUUUGGGAGGAAGCAUCAGGGACACAGGGGCAAAGAACUGCCCCAUCUCCUCCCAUGGCCUUCCCUCCCCACAGUCCUCACAGCCUCUCCCUUAAUGAGCAAGGACAACCAGCCCCUCCCCAGCCCUUUGCAGGCCCAGCAGACUUCAGUCUGAGGCCCCAGGCCCUAGGAUUCCUCCCCCGGAGCCACGACCUUUGUCCAGACCUGGGUGGUAUAGGCGUUUAGCCCUGUGACUAGGGCUCUGGCACCACUAGAGUCCUGGUCCUCUUCUUAUUUAUGCUUUCUCCUUUUUCUACCUUUUUUUCUCUCCUAAGACAACUGCAAUAAAGUGUAGCACCCUGGUA